GUCAUCAAAGGAACGAGGCAUGUUAUCUGGAUUCAUGUCAAUGAUGUAAUUUGCGUCAGUAACGCACCAUCACGUUGGACCACGCUUCACACAACCAUUCUUACCGUGUCAUACUUGACAAUGUGGCAAGCACACGUAUGUUUAUGUGUGUGUCAGUUUGCCUUUUCCAUUAUUUACUGGCAAUCUUUGAAAAAAGGGAUUUUCCUUUUCUUUCUUCAGUACACCCGAAAAACAAACAGACAAAUAAACAAAAAAAAACAGGAAGUAACAUCCAAGACAUUAAGUUCUCCUUUCUUUAACUUAGUAAUUAGUGAAGAAAACACAGUCAUUCACCAUGUCCCUCCUGGCAUUGAUCAUCUUUCUCUGUGGUAUUUAUGGAGCUGCACCCUGUGGAAACACAUACAUUACGGGAGUAGAAGAAGAAAGUGUAAUUCUGCAGUUGGGUCGGACGGGAGUUACUUGGGAAUUAUGCACUGGAGAUGGGAAACAAUCUUUCAUAGCUCGUACCUACCCUCAGAGACCAGUGGAGGUUCUUAAUCCCUUGUAUAAUGGACGACUCUUUAGUACGCCCGAUGGAUCUCUGGUUAUUUCAAAACUAACCAUGAAAGACCAAGGAAUCUACAAUGCAGACCUAUUUGUUGGGGAAUGGACAUACCUUUGCGAUCAUCGCUUUAAUCUCACCAUUAUCGGCCGAAGUCAACAUUAUGGGAAUGGCAAUCCUACUACUGUUGGGGAAGCAUUUUCUGAUGAACUGCCAUGCCCCCCAAAAGCUAGUAGCUUUGAUCAUGACAUAUCAAGUCCAACUCCUUGUAGAAACCGACACGUGACCGCAUUUGAAGGGGACAGUGUUACUCUCCAGUUGGGUCAGACAGGCAUCGAAACCACCACUUGGGAAGUUUGUAUCGGAGAUGGGAGGAGAUAUUUUAUAGCUAAUACUUUGCGCAGGGGAUCAUUGGAGAUUCGAGAUGUCCUCUGGUAUAAUGGAAGACUCUCUAGUGCACAGGAUGGAUCCUUGAUCAUUACAAAACUAACCAUGGAAGACCAAAGAAUCUACAACGCAGAUCUAUUUCGGAUAUCAUGGCAAUACCGUUGUGAUCAGCGAUAUAAUCUCACCGUGAUCCGACGACCUCCAGUUAUCCCAAAUGCUCCAAUCAAAAAUUCUAAUGUUGUGUUUCCAUGCCCCCGGAAAAGUAGAGGUUCUAAUUUCUACUCCGAAAGUGACAGAUAUACGGACUCACCGCAAGUACAGGAGAGUACAGGUGGUAUAUUUGGAGCCGCACCCUGUCGAAACACAUAUAUUACGGGAGUAGAAGAACAAAGUGUAAUUCUGCAGUUGGGUCGGACGGGAGUUACAUCGGCCACUUGGGAAUUAUGCACUGGAGAUGGGAAUAGAUAUUUCAUAGCUCACACCUUCCCUCGGAGACCAGUGGAGGUUCUUAAUCGCUUGUAUAAUGGACGACUCUUUAGUACGCCCGAUGGAUCUCUGGUUAUUUCAGAACUAACCAUGAAAGACCAAGGAAUCUACAAUGCAGACCUAUUUGUUGGGGAAGGGACAUACCUUUGCGAUCAGCGCUUUAAUCUCAACAUUAUCCGCCAAAGUCAACUAUAUUUCCCUCCUUCUGUUGGGAGAGCAUUUUCCGAUGAGCUGCCCUGCCCUUCUAAAGCUAAUACCUUUAAUCAUGGUACUAAUUUCUCCUCCGAAAGUGACAGAUAUACGGAGACACCGCAAGUACACAAGAGUACAGACCGAACUCCAGACAAAGAACAAUUUUCAAAGAAAUACUCAACUAUGACUGUUGUACGGCUUGCGUUAUCUGUGUGCAUCCUUAUAAUUUCAUUAUGCUUCUUUAUUCACCAUGUGAAGACAGAGGUCCUAAAGUCUAAAAGGACAGUGGAAGAAGAUUACAUAAAUGGAUGAGGGCGCUAUAUAAAAGUUGUUAAAUAAAUACAUA